AUGGCAGGGGACAACCCACCAGAUACAGUGAACAUUCUUAAAACAGAAGUAGAGACAUUGGCAGUUGACCAAAGAUCUUCGGACACUGACCCUUCUUCAUCUGAUGAAGAUGUAGUGGAAAACAUAUUAGAUGACGAAGGAUCAAUAAAAUCAACGGGCACAAGUGACAUGGACUCACCUUUUAAAUAUCAUUGCAACGAAUGUGACUUAUGGUUUAAAUACAAUUGUUGGUUUAAAAGGCACAUGGUUGUCCACAACCCUGGGACCUAUGCCUGUCAAUAUUGUCCCAAAUUAUUCAAAAGAAAAGAUACUAUGCGGGAGCACCAACACCUUCAUUUAGAUGGUCCCAAACAUAGGUGCCAGGAAUGCCAGGAAUCGUCAGUUUACGGAUGA